GCUUCAGGCGACCGCCAUAAGAACGGCCUCCGCCAGCCCGCCACUGCGCAUGCAUCCGCCCUCUUGCCUAAUUGCGCCCCCGCCGCCGUCCUCCACAGCGACGAGCCUCUUUUCCGCACAGCCCCCUCGGCUGUAGUCAGCUUGGAGCAGUAAGCAUUCUCGUCCAGCGCUGGGCAUUCUCGGCGACAAGCCGACGGCGGUCGCCUUCCAUUGCCAUUAUCUCUCCACAUCCUUCGGACCCUCCUUCAACGCUUUCGCGUUACCAUCACGUCGCCUCACGUCGUUACGACCACGUCCGACUCUACGACCGCCAGUCCUUUCUCGAAAUAUCAUCGCUGAGAGGCCCGGAACGACCACAACUCCUACACCAUGUCACGAUUCAAUAUGUUCGAGGUUUCCAUACCUCACAUCAUCUAUGCCGCCCUCGGUGCCUUCGUCGUCCUUUUCGGCAUGCUCUCUCUGUUUAUCCGAGAAAAGCUGUACAUCGGAGAAGCAUGUUGGGCAUUCUUGUUCGGGGUCAUCAUCGGCCCAUAUGGUGCAAAUAUCUUCAACCCUCGCGACUGGGGCGGGGGCAACAUCGAGACCACCAAUACUAUCACUCUCGAGUUCACGCGCGUUGUCCUUGCCAUCGGCGUCUUCGCCAUAGGUGUGGAAUUGCCCAAAGCGUACAUGGCGAGGCACUGGAAAAGCCUGCUCUUCCUUCUUGUCCCUGUCAUGACAUGGGGCUGGUUCGUAUCAGCUGGCCUCAUUUAUGCGCUCAUCCCCGGACUCAACUUCCUCUCCUCCUUGGCAGUCGCAGCCUGCCUCACGCCCACCGACCCUAUCCUGGCAGCGGCGGUCGUUGGCGGUAAGUACGCCGACAAGCACGUACCCGCGCAUUUACGCCACCUCCUCGCUGCGGAGUCGGGCUGCAACGACGGCGCGGCGUUCCCGUUUCUCUUUAUCUCGCUCUACCUCAUCAACGAUGGAUCGACGGGACAGGCGAUCGGAAAUUGGUUCCUAUUCCUAUGGCUAUACCAGAUUAUCCUCGGCGUAGUGCUGGGCGCGAUUAUCGGGUUUGCUUUCCGGUACCUCAUGAAGUUCUGCGAGCGCAAGGACCUGAUCGACAGGCAGUCCUACGUCGCACAGUACGUGUCGCUCGCGAUGCUCACCAUCGGCGUAAACACGCUGAUCGGUUCCGACGACCUCCUCGCCGCGUUCUCGUGCGGGACUGCGUUCGCUUGGGAUGGGUUCUUUAACAAGCAGACGGAGCAGGCCGUGUUCUCGUCCGUCAUUGAUCUGCUGUUCAACAUUGCCUCGUUUGUGUUCAUUGGCGCGUGGAUGCCCUUUGAUUCGUUUGCGGACGCGACCCUGACUCUGAGCGUGUGGCGCCUCAUUGUCAUUGCGAUACUGGUUCUGCUCCUCAGGCGAUUGCCCAUCAUAAUGGCUCUGUACAAGUGGAUCCCGGACGUCAAGACGUUCCGGGAGGCUAUCUUCAGCGGACACUUUGGGCCUAUGGGCGUCGGUGCCGUAUUCAUAUCCACACUCGCGGCGGAGCAGCUUCCGCAGCCCGAAGACCCGCCUGCGAACCAACGCCAGCUGCUCGCGGCAUCCAUCCAGCCCAUCGUCGCGUUCAUGGUGCUCUGCUCGAUCACGAUCCACGGGCUCUCGAUCCCGUUCUUCUCGCUCGGCCGGCGCGUGCACUCCGUGACGCGCACCUGGUCGCGGCACGACACGUUCGGAACGCUCACGUCGCGCGGCGUGCCCGAGUGGGCGACGCACACCCGGCAUGUGCGCCCCGGCGAGGAGAUCAUCAUCAACCGCGACCGCGAGGACGCGAUGGAGCGCGGCGCGAUCCCGACCCAGGAGGAGAGCGUCACGGAGAAGGAGCGCAGCGAGUCGAGCGGGGAGCCCGAGUAUACCGAGACGCGCAGGCGGGAUGGCUCGGAUGUGCGCGACGAGAACCCGCCCGAUGGCGACAGCCUUGAGGAGGAGUGGCAGGAGGGCCCGCAUAGGAUUGUGGAGAAGCGCUCUGGGCCCGGAGAAGAGGUGGAGGUCGAAGUUCAAAGGAAUUACUACGGCCCAGAGCCAACGACAUCCGACUCCGUGCGCGUCGCGGAAGAAGCGGCAGAGGGUGUGGUAGGGGAGAUCAAAAACAGAGUAGGGAGCGGAGCGCAAGAACUAGAGUCGAUUGUUGAGAACGCGCAACGCAACAUUCAAGAAGGCGCGGAACAUGUUCAAGGAACAGCGAGGCAUGUGGAAGGCCGCGCGCAGGAGGGGGGGCGGCACGUCAUGUCGAUGCUGCAGGGAGAGGGCGAAGACGAGGGAGACGAGGGAUGGAUGUCGGACGCGAGCGACGGGGGGCGCAGGCGUGAGGGGAGGCGGCGCAGCAAGAAGCCCACCCGCAAGAAGCUGUCCCUCCGCCGUCACUCCAGCGGCGGUCAUAAACCCCAGCGAAGCUCGAGCAUCGAUCAAGCCGCAUUGAGCGUUGCACAUCGCCAGGAGCAGGAGCGCGAGGGGAGCUCGGAGUCGCCCGAGGAACACCGUGGACGAAACUCGCCGGAGCCGGGGGGCGCGGCGACGCCAGCGUCCUCCAUGCGCUUCCCGCGACCAAAACACUCCCGCGUAGACUCCAUACGCACGACGGACCUGCGCUCGCGCGAGCAGUCGCCUUCGCGCUCUGUGCGUUCUGUGCGCUUCCUUGACCAGCGCUCGCCGAGUGGGUACAACACCCCGCGCAUAUUCUCGCCGUCCUCCCCGGCGACGCCGUUGCCUGGAAGUGAGGUACCCUCUGAGGACGAGGGGGAACGCUCGCAGAGCAACCACCACGCUGACGACUCCCCGCGCAACGUCCGCUUCUCCCUGCCCGAUAUCAGGCGGUAGUCGUACCCCCGCCCGCCGCGUCUCGUCUGAAAUCUUGGAUAGCAUGCUCCGUGCGUACGUCGCAAUUCACUAGAUGGUCUCCCUGUAGAUAUGCUCAUCUAGUGUGAACUGUAUGGACCCUGUAAUUCGUGUCAGUCUCCGUGUGUAUCACUUAUCCGUACAUAGCAUUUUCUCACCUUCUCUUAUUCUGUCGGAAGUCUCUCUGCAUGGUCGUUUGCUCACCCACAUGCAUCGAUUGUAUCACGUAGCAUUCGUCGCGCUUGUCUCUCGCAUCUUCCAUAGCUUCUCAACUCUGCAAAUGACAUUGCUGCUCCGAUCGAUCCUACGCGUUUUAUGGGUGUU